AUGCAACAAACUACAUCAACUCUAAUUACUGAAUUAGCAUCCAACUCCGAAAAUGAUGAAAAUUUAAAUUCUUUGAAUGAAAAACAAAAUGAUAGAGUUGAAAAUUUAUCGAAUUUAUCACCAAUUUCGUGUAUUUGCUGUAGAAAGGCACAUAAAAAGUGUGAUAGACAACUGCCAACUUGUUCAAAAUGUAUUCAGAGAGGAAUUGCAUGUGCUUAUAAUGAACCUAAAAAGAGAGGAAAGGCAGCAGAGGCUUACCAACAGCGAAAAAAGAGAAAGGAACAAGAUUUAGAUGAGCUAGCUGCCAAUGUCAUUCAUUAUUUCUAUACUUUCAUAAGUGGAGGACAUCCUGUCAUUAGAAAACCCAAAUUUGAAUAUUUUGUGAAUCAUUACUUGGCCCAAUUGGAAAAUAACAAUGAAUUUGUAUUAAUUCCCAAUGAUUACAUAUCGAAUAUUGAAGAAUUACAAUGUAUCUAUUUAUUUUACUUAUCCAUCAAGUCAAUUUAUUAUCAAUUGAAUACAGAAUUGGAAUUGGCAAGUGACAGUAUGAAAAAUUGUGAGGAACUUUAUUCAAAAUUGGUUACAAAAUCAUUCAUGAACUUUUAUUUCAAUGCUGCUUGUCAAUUUAUUUCAUUAUAUUAUAGUGGAAUUGGAGAUUUUGUAAAAGUGAGAUUUUACAUUGCCAUUGUAAAGUUUUAUUUGAGUGAGAGGAAGGAAUUUACUGAUUUAUAUGAAAAGAAUUUGGAGAGAAAGAUUGUUUUUCAAAACAAGUCAUCAAAUGAUCUCAUUGAUGGAUUUUCUGCAUUUAUAGAAAAUAUGCCAAAAAUAUUUGAAGUGACAGUUGGUCAAAAUUUGGAAAAUUUACUCAUUCCUGGGGCUUUGGAGUAUUUGAGAACGGCUUCAGUCACAACAGAGAAUUACUGCUUUUUCAAACAGGUUGUGGAUUUUGUUUUUAAAGUAGUUGGACAGUACAGAGUGGAUUUAUUCAAACAAAUGAUUGAUUGUCAUUCUGAAACAUUCUUCAAAUUUGAAAAACUGCACAGAAAUUUAAUUUAUUAUGGAUUCCAGUUGUUUUUCCUGAGUCGAUUACCUGCAUUUUCACCUCAACUGGAAGAGGUUGCUCUGAAAUUAUCAUGCUUGACAGAACAUGAAUAUUUCAAGUAUUCUGUUCCUGAGGUGAUACCAUGUGUGAGUGAGUGUGCAAAAAUUCAUUUACAAGUCAUUCGACAAAUUGAAUCAAGAAAACGAGCAAAUAAUAUGCCAUUCAUAACUUCAAAUGGAAAGGUUCUGACCAUUGAUUAUUAUUCGAUACUGGAACGAGAUUAUAAUGCUCUCAAAUCACUAGAGAAACGAUAUCCCCGAGUGAGGAAUUCUUUUGGAUCUUUGAUCAAUGAAAUUCAAACAAUUUUGAAUAAUCAUGAUAACCAAGGUGAGAUGGCUCCGAUCGAACCAAAUCCCAUUCUUUUCAAUAAGCAAACCAUUGAUGAUUCUUCGGAUUUUGUUUCAUCACCCAAUUCCAACAUAUUGGCUGAAGAUUUGAGAUGGAAAUCUUUAUUGAAAUAUUUAGAAGCCAUCAGGGAAAGAUUGGGUGAUGACAGUGGAAGUAGCAGUGGAGAUUCUAGUUUUGAUUUUGAUCAAUUUUUUGAUUAG